AUGGGGAGCCGGCGAUCCGGGACCGGCGCCAGGCAGGGCAGAGUGAGCCGCAGAGGACGGGGCCGGUCCGGCGGGAUCCCUCGGAGCCGGGCGGCGGCGGCGGCGGCGGCGGCGGCUCUCCCCAGCGGGCGCGCGGGCGGGAUGCGAACCGAGGGUCCCUUUCUGCUCACCCCUGGAAGGUUGGAGGAGGGUUUAAAGCCAGGUGCGCCGAGUCAGCUCGCCAUGUCCAGAUCCGGAGACAGGACGUCCACCUUCGACCCCAGCCACAGCGACAACCUGCUGCAUGGCCUCAACCUGCUGUGGAGAAAGCAGCUGUUUUGCGACGUGACCCUGACGGCCCAAGGCCAGCAGUUCCACUGCCACAAGGCCGUGCUGGCCUCCUGCUCCCAGUACUUCCGAUCGCUCUUCUCCAGCCACCCCCCUCUUGGGGGAGGGGUGGGCGGCCAGGACGGCCUGGGGGCCCCCAAGGACCCGCAGCAGCAGCCGCCUGCACAGCAGCCCGCGUCGCAGCAGCAGCAGCAGCCACCGCAGCCCCAGGAAGAACCCGGGACUCCUUCCUCCUCCCCCGACGACAAGCUGCUGACCAGCCCCCGAGCCAUCAACAACCUGGUGCUCCAGGGCUGCUCGUCCAUCGGGCUGCGCCUGGUCCUCGAGUACCUGUACACGGCCAACGUGACCCUCUCGCUGGACACGGUGGAGGAGGUGCUGUCGGUCAGCAAGAUCCUGCACAUCCCCCAGGUCACCAAGCUCUGCGUGCAGUUCCUCAACGACCAGAUCUCGGUGCAGAACUACAAGCAGGUGUGUAAGAUCGCCGCGCUGCACGGCCUGGAGGAGACCAAGAAGCUGGCCAACAAGUACCUGGUGGAGGAUGUGCUGCUGCUCAACUUCGAGGAGAUGCGCGCCCUGCUGGACUCGCUGCCGCCCCCCGUGGAGUCGGAGCUGGCGCUCUUCCAGAUGUCCGUGCUGUGGCUGGAGCACGACCGCGAGACCCGCAUGCAGUACGCGCCCGACCUCAUGAAGCGCCUCCGCUUCGCCCUCAUCCCGGCCCCCGAGCUGGUGGAGCGGGUCCAGUCGGUGGAUUUCAUGCGCACCGACCCGGUCUGCCAGAAGCUGCUGCUGGACGCCAUGAACUACCACCUGAUGCCCUUCAGGCAGCACUGCAGGCAGAGCCUGGCCAGCAGAAUUCGCUCUAACAAGAAAAUGCUCUUAUUGGUUGGAGGGUUACCUCCUGGACCGGACCGGCUACCCAGCAAUCUGGUUCAAUAUUAUGACGACGAAAAGAAGACAUGGAAAAUACUCACAAUUAUGCCAUACAACAGUGCCCACCACUGCGUUGUAGAAGUAGAAAACUUCUUGUUCGUGUUGGGUGGAGAGGACCAAUGGAAUCCAAAUGGAAAGCACAGUACAAAUUUUGUCAGCCGAUAUGAUCCCCGCUUUAAUAGCUGGAUUCAACUUCCACCCAUGCAAGAAAGAAGAGCCAGUUUCUAUGCAUGUCGGUUGGACAAGCAUUUAUACGUUAUCGGUGGACGGAAUGAAACGGGCUACUUGUCCAGCGUGGAGUGUUACAACUUGGACACAAAUGAAUGGCGCUAUGUGUCCUCUUUGCCUCAGCCCCUGGCAGCUCACGCAGGAGCAGUGCACAAUGGGAAGAUAUACAUUUCAGGGGGUGUACACAAUGGAGAAUAUGUCCCAUGGCUAUAUUGCUAUGACCCUGUUAUGGAUGUCUGGGCUCGAAAACAAGAUAUGAACACGAAACGUGCCAUCCACACUUUGGCUGUAAUGAAUGAUCGCUUGUAUGCAAUUGGAGGAAACCAUUUAAAAGGCUUCUCACACCUUGAUGUCAUGCUUGUGGAAUGUUAUGACCCAAAAGGUGACCAGUGGAAUAUCCUUCAAACUCCCAUUUUGGAGGGUCGAAGUGGUCCUGGCUGUGCCGUGCUUGAUGACAGCAUUUACCUCGUGGGAGGCUACAGCUGGAGUAUGGGAGCCUAUAAGUCAUCAACAAUAUGCUACUGUCCCGAGAAAGGAAGCUGGACAGAACUUGAAGGAGAUGUAGCCGAACCCUUGGCAGGUCCUGCCUGUGCAACAGUUAUCCUACCUGCCUGUGUACCCUACAACAAAUAACACAAGGAACCCCUGGAAUGAACAGUAUCACGGCCUGGGAAGCAGUGACAGGUGAUGUUGCUGUUCUAGAGGAACCGUGCAUUUUCAUGGUACAACUGCCAAAACUUACCUUUGGUUUCUGAUGACUUACAAAUAACUACAAAAAGAAAGAGACCUGUCCUUGAGGAGAUACGGUGUCUGUAACUCAGAUCACACCAACUUCCUGUGGUGACAGACUCCUCGCUUCUGAUGGGUUUUACCUUGUCCCAGCUUUACAGAAACUCCUCAUCCAGAUGGAUCUUCACUUUCAAAAGGAGGAAGACAAAAUACAGAAGACUAACCCCAGAGAGACUUAAGAUCAGUAUUGUGCAUUGUAGUCUACCUGCAUGUGAUUGAUGUUGAAGUUUGGGGGAUACUGUGUAUAGGAAUGAUUCAAAUUUUGACCCACCAAAAUAUACUGCAUUCCAGCAAUUGCCACUUAAAUUCUGUAUUCUUCACCUUUGGCUUCCUCACAAACACUAAAGACAAUAUAUUAAUUGUUGAAAGUCAUAUUAAAGAUUUUUUUUGUUUCGAUAUAAUCUUAUUUGAUAUACCUUCUGUGUUUACAGCAUCUCAUGGGUCAGAGAAGAAUAAAUUGCUAAGUCUUGUAGCAAUUGCUUUUUGCCCUAUAGAUAAUUCUAAGCAAGCCUGAAUCCUAACUUUUGCGUCCUCAGUUAUGUCUGAAAAAUUCAAACGCAAUACAUUCCUCGGUUCACAGGAACUUAGGUUUUCUCAUUUUUUUUUUUUUUGCAGCAUUUAAGUACUGAUGAUACUUCUCUGCCUUAAAAGACAGGACUGACCAACUCAGUUGGAAUAUUUCAGAAAAUCUGGUGCAUACCCAGCCCAAACUUA